AUGAUCAAUGGAGCUACUCGAACAUCAUCAUCAUUCGCAACAACUACAACUACCUCUAGUCAAACUUCUCGCCAUCCAAUAACACCACCAAAGAAUGCCUCAACGACAGCAAGUCCUUAUUUUCCAAUAACAGUGCUAUAUGAAGAUAAAUCAGGCAAAUCAACACCAUAUAAACUUGUUUUAAAACCAAGUACAACAAUUGGCGAAAUGAAAAAAGAAAUUGAACAUGCAACUCGUUUACUAACUCGACAACAAAAUUGGACUGGUUUUUUCGGUGCAAAAGAUUCAGUAAUAUUCCGGAAUUAUACAAAAAAAAAGAAGUUAUAUCUAAUUCAAUUUUCUUCAUCGGAUCAAUUACGUCAAACAUCCAUUAAUCGUAAAGCUCAUCUUAUUGUACGUAAAAUUGAAUUAUCAUCAAAUCAAAAAAUAUCAUCGAACAAAUCCGAUGUAAAACAUUCAACAUUGAUUAAACAAGGAAGUGAAGACGAACCGAUGGAUGUUGAUCAUGUAAUUGAUUUAGAACAAGAUGAAGAUGAUAUUCAUUCUCUACCGCGACUUUCAAAUACAACAACUAUUACGAAUGUUACAUCAAAUCGAGAAUUACUCAUUCUUGAUCGUUGUACAGAUGAUAUAAUGGGUCUUGAACAUUUUUCGCGUGGAAAAUGA